AUGGACCGAGAUGCCGACCCAAAGAACAGUCGCGUGCGUUACAGCAUCAAUGACAACUCUGGCGACGAGGGCGUCCUCGUCUCUCGCAUCUUCUCCAUCACCUCU